UUAUCAGAACCCUAGGAAGAGGCCCGUUCGCUUCUGCUGGGGGCCGCGGGUUUAUGAGGCGGUGGCGGUUACCCGACUCGUGAAUUGUUAGAGCGAAAAAAGAGGAUAACGAGCCGUAGAAGAGGGCAUCCCGAAGAACCGAAACCCUAAAAGAUGGAUCGGUACCAGAGAGUGGAGAAGCCUAGGGAAGAAGCUCCUAUAAAUGAGAACGAGAUUCGAAUUACAACACAGGGAAGAAUGCGAAGCUACAUCACAUAUGCGACCACUCUUCUUCUGGAAAAAGGUUCAAAUGAGAUCAUGUUCAAGGCAAUGGGAAGAGCUAUCAACAAAACAGUUAUGAUCGUGGAACUAAUUAAGAGAAGGAUCGAGGGUCUUCAUCAAAUUACUGCUAUUGGAUCUACUGACAUCACUGAUACAUGGGAGCCAUUAGAGGAAGGCCUGCUUCCGCUUGAAACCACCAGACAUGUCUCAAUGAUUACGAUAACUCUAUCUAAAUCAGAAAUGGAUAAGACCUCUGUUGGGUACCAAUCUCCAGUGCCUGCUGACCAGGUGAAACCAUGGGGUGAAUUCGACCAUGAAGGAGAUGCUCCUGCUGGUCGAGGUAGAGGCCGUGGUGGGCGAGGCAGGGGAAGGGGUCGAGGAAACGGUCCCGUGACAAUGGACUAUGGUAAUGGUGGUUAUGAAAACAGGGGUCGUGGAUACGGUAGGGGUGGUUAUGGCCGUGGUAGGGGCCGAGGUUACAGAGGCCGUGGCAGAGGCGGUUAUGGUGGCCGGCCUGAUUACCAACAAGAUGCGGGUGGAUACAAUGAAGAAGCAACUGUUCCUCCCCAGGGUCGAGUUCGUGGUCGUGGUAGGGGGCAGAACCGAGGGUGGGGUCCUAGGCCAAAUGGACCGAUCCAACCAGGUAAUGGUGGAGCAUGACCUGGAACAAAUUAUGCAGAAUUUCAUGUUUCUUAAGCAUCGAAUGGCUGCUCCUUUAUGGCUUCAUUGUCGAGUUCAGAGGUUAACCUUAGUUUGUUUUAUAAGCUGUUCAGAUAUUUACUUGACGGCCAAUUUUAUCCCUUUGUAGAAUUCAGUUAGCUGUGGGUCAUAUUUUCUUUUUCCAUAAGGUGAAAACUAAUUGUAGCAUUUGACAAAUAGAGCAGUACAUUCUUUUAUUUUUUUUUUCCCCUUGAAGCUUGUCCGACUGAUUAUAUACCUGUAUUUCUAUCUUUUACUAAUGAGUUUUCAUUAUUUCCUUGAAG